UGGCUCCUGAGUCAGUUGACAACCAAUUCGAAUACCAAGAAUCAUCUCUUGAAUAGAUAAAUAUAUCAACCGUUACAGGGGAACCACCACUAGAAUCAGUUUACUCGCCCGAUUUUCAGGUCAUAUUGAGCGUACCUACCCAUCGAUUGCCUUGCCCCUUGGGCGGAAUUCUACGAUGGCAGACCUUUCUGGAUCUCAGCCGAUGAAAUCACUAACUCAAUCGACUGGGAAGAACUCUCGAACCACCGGCUCGAUCCCGCCACCAAUCCAGCAGACCCAGAGCCACCAUCCCAGGUAUUCAUCCUCCCGAGCCUCGAUCAGUCAUCUCGCAACCAACCAGCCACCCCAAUCUUAUCAGUCUAUCAAUCCCCGAACGUCCUUCAGCAUCGAUCCCACUUUUCCCAGUAACUUCACACCCGAUAGGUUGCAUUUUCACAACCUAGCUAAUGGCGUCGUCAAGUCUCGUCAGGGCUCCGUUCUCAGUCGUGGCUCAUUACUCAAGACCGAUUACUUUGCCUCUGGUCGAGCCCAGUCGUUGACUCAUCAUUUACAAGGUGCCCCAAACUUUCGAUCGGCUUCGUACAACAUCUUUGGAACUGCUCAACCCACUUUGGCCGGAAUUAAAACCGUCCUGGCUUUCCUUAAAUCACACCCAGCCGGGAAGAGAAAUUCGGUCUGGUUCUGUACCCGGGAAGAACCAGUAAUUUACAUGUCUGCUAGACCAUUUGUUUUACGGGACUCAGUGAAACCUACUCAAUCCGUCACAAGCAGUGAAAAUGCUGAUAAUAUCGAAGCCAUCGAGUUGAGAUUGAAAUUAGACAUUAUCAAAGAAUCCCAGAAAUACGGUGGCUUAGUUUUGGUUCAUGAUGAAACAGUGGAAGGAGACAUUUUACCCACUUGGAUUACAGCCGACGACGUAAAAACGACCAGAGAGAUGUGGGAGGGAGUCAAGUCUGAGGGCUAUCACAUUGAAUAUUACAGAAUCCCAAUCGCAAAUGAUCAGGCCCCCGAGGACUCCUAUCUCGAUAGAUAUGUAGCCAUCCUUCGCACUAUACCCACGUCCACCAAUUUAAUCUUUAACUGUGGGAUGGGACUUGUCCGAACCACAUUUGCCAUGGCAGCUGCAAUUAUUAUGCGGCGCAGGCAGGUGAUCAAGGAAGGCGGAGAUGAUCUAUUUGGAUUGGAGAGCGCUCAGUCACCUGUGGCGACGAAUGCGGAUAAUUCUAUGUCUUCCCGUCAUGAGGAUGACAAUUUCAGUCCGGGAUUCAAGGCCAUCAAAGCUCUCGCAAUACUUGGUGAACAGCAGUUAAGGACCAAAAGCUUGCUAAGAUUGAUGCAGCUCUUACAGCGUUCUUUGCCAACGGCUAGCCAACACUCGGUCAUGGAAUUGCUCACGACUCACCCAAAUCUAUUAGAGAACCUACGAAAGGGUAUAUCGGGCGAGUUCGAUAUCGUUCUAUCUUUAGUGUCUAUCUUGGAUCGUGGGAAUGUAGAGAAGGAUCUGGUAGAUAUGGUUGUUGAUCACUGUGACGAUGUAGUCAACCUUAGAGAUGAGAUUUUAGAGGAUCGCAUCAAAUUUGCUAUUACUGCUACCACCGAUCAAUCCUCAGUGGCUCAUGAUGAAACCUCAGGCAAUCACCAUCUACGCAAAGCACUUUCAGGCUUGGAAAGAUACUUCUUUCUCAUUGCAUUUGCGGGCUACUGCAAUGAGCCGCCUAUGAGCUUCGUAGACACAUUUUCUCCAUGGCUCAAAACUAGGAGCGAAAUAUUGAAUAUGAUUCUUCGACUCAGGCGGACCUCUCGACAAUAUAUUUUCGCUCCUCUCCAUGAUCUAACGUCGCUCUCCAAAAGUCAUGUCGGAACCCUGGCUACUACAGCAGCGAUGAAGCUUAAUUUCAAUGACUUGGAACGUGCUGGUGGCGAAGUUGUUGGGACGGAAUGGGCUCAUCAUGUAGUUGAUACUCGACGAGGAAUCACUUUGAGGGCCGGCCUGAUAUUGAAAAGUGAUCAAUGGCCAACUCAAUUUCAUCAAGAUGAUAGAGUGAUUCCGGGAGCAUUAAAUUUUAGAAAAGUACCCGACGUGGCUCUCUUUGGGCUUUCUCAGCCCACUCAAGAAGGGAUUGAGCGAGUUAUCGAGGAUGUGAGGAAAAAGUUCAAAAAUGCGCAACGGCUUACUUGGAUCAAUCUUCGGGAGGAACCUUUGAUCUACAUCAAUGGAGUCCCGUAUGUGUUGAGGCUCGAGGCUGUGGGACUUCGCAAUUUGAAAUCAUAUGCAGGAAUUUCGAGUCCUCGACUUGAGUUACUUGAAGAUCGAUUGAAGUCUGACAUCUUGGCGGAGCUACGGAAUUUUGAAGGCAGAAUUUUGCUACACACAGAAACCGACGAUGGAUCGGUGAUUGGGGUGUGGGAAACGGCAACUGAAAGUUCAGUGAAGACGCUACGAGAGCUGAUGGACGAAAAGUCCAAAUCACUUGAAGAUGGGUGCAAGCUGGACUUUAGACGCCAACCGAUCACAGCCGAAAAAGCUCCCGACUUCGAGGACAUCAAGGAUUUGAUUGGGAUCGUCUCGGAUGCAGAGCCAGACGCACCAUUCAUUGUGAACUGUCAAUUGGGAAGAGGGCGUUCUACUUUGACGAUGGUUUGCAUUCAAUUAAUCCAGCAAUGGCUGGCUCAUGGAGGAGGGAAAUUCGCCUUUGCAGAAGCCAACAACCGCAAGCCAAGUAGAUGGUCCUAUCAGACCAUUAACAACUUGAUCAGAGUCAUGAGGAAUGGACGAGGUAUCAAGACUGCAGUAGACGCUGCUAUCGAGAAAUGUUCGGCUGUCUAUGAUCUGAUUGAAUCAAUCGAAGUUUGCAGACUGGACGCUGAGCGAUGUGGCGACGAUUCGGCAGCCAAGGAGAAAAAGACUAAAAAGGGACUUUCAAACCUACGUCGAUACGCGUUCUUGUUGAUCUUCGCUUGCUAUUUGAAUGAAACAAAAGCAGAUACUUGGAGGGAACUUCAGAAUAACAAAUCUUUUGAAGCUUUCUGGCAACAACACCAAGUAUUCAAGACUCUCUUAGAUGAAUUGAAUGGAGCCGAAAUUCAGGCACUUACUCCCUUAGAACUUGGUACUUUUGCGACCCAUGGCGGAGACUGGACCGAAGAGGAGCAGACCGUAGUGGCUCGACGAUCAGGAAUAAUUCUAUCUGCACAGACGAUCUUGAAAUCGGACUUUUUUGUUGGCUUGCAGAAAAUGACCCUGCCAAUGAGGGUAGAAGGGCUUCCUAAUAUCAGGCAAGUCCCCAUAAGUCUGAAAGGUCAACCAACAUCUGGCGAUCAAUCAAUUUUUGGCUCUGGUAUGCCUACUGUGGAUGGUCUUCGGCGUGGUCUGGAAAAGAUGGGUGCGAUGAAACGGAUGGUGUAUUGGACAUCCAUGAGAGAGGAACCAGUAUUAUAUGUGCAGGGUAGACCCCAUGUGCUCAGAUUAUUUGAUCAACCUCUUGAAAAUGUAGUGACGACCGGUGUCGCUGCCGCGGCGGUUGAAGGAAUGGAGGAUGCGCUGAAGAACGACGUCUUGAAUGAAAUCAUCGACCGUGGUGGGAGGAUACUGCUGCAUGACGAGGUGGAAGAAAAUGGGAAAUUCAUCGUGACUGCUGUCUGGGAAACAGUUGAUCAGAGGCAGAUCAUGACUCCUCGAGAAGUUUUUAACCUGAUGAAAGAUGAAGGUUUCCUUGUCGACUACGCCCGCCUACCCGUGACGGAUGAACAAGCGCCGAUACCAGGGGUAUUUUCGAGGCUCGAGCAGCGGGUUACAUCGGCCUUGAAGUCGAUCCCAGAGCAGGAACUCGCGGCCCACCUGGUUUUCAAUUGCCAGAUGGGACGGGGUAGAACGACCACGGGAAUGGUGGCAGCCAUGCUGGUUGCAAACAGUAUAAAAAUUAACAAGUCUGCAAAACCUGAACGAAAGGGGAGCAUAUCAUCGGUCGCCUCCGUCGAUCUCUCCACACCCGCCCCAGGCUCGCCAACCUCGCCGACUCUUUCGGUUGGUGGUGACACGUGGGAUGUGCCCGAAGUUAACCCAUACUUGGAAGGUGAAUAUAAAAUCAUUUUGAGCUUGAUCAGCGUCCUUCCCUAUGGCCGGCUAGCUAAAAAGUUGACGGAUCGGGCGAUUGAUGCGAUGGAUUCGGUUCAAAAUCUACGCAAGGCAGUUUAUGAUUUUAAGCUCAGAGCUGAAGCUGCCGAACCUGGUAGCGAGAAACAACGCAAGAUUAUUACUGCAGCCACCAAUUAUUUAUAUCGAUAUGGCUCGUUGAUUGCGUUUUCAAAUUGGUUAUUGGAGCGUCAAUUGGAAGCUUCUACAGGUGCAGAUACGACACCUACCAAGAAUCACGCCAACUUGACUCACCCUCAUUCCUCUCGUGAGCGGAUGAAGACAUUCCCUGAGUGGCUCAACGACCACCGAGAGGUCCUGCAUAUCUUGCAGAAACGUAGCCUUGAAUAAUUACUUGUAAAACUCAUUCUAAUUGUCUUGUGUUUUCCUGGUUUGGUUCGAUGAGGUAAAUAUGUACAUGGAUGUGUAGUUGAAUAAAGAGUGCUUGCGCGUGUAUGUUGUAUAUCUUUCUUUGCCUGUUGUGCCAAUAGACUCUUUCAUUGCAGUGACUACAUCGCCUUGAUGAUUUGUUGCUCUCCUCUUUAACAAAUGGUUGUCACAUAUUUCUUGUGGUUAAUGUGGUCUACUGUGGACUUGAGGAUUUACGCCUGAUUUGACCACCU